GCCCUGCCCUCCCAGCGCGUUCGGUGCAGCUGUAUUUUGCGUCCCUGCCUGAAUUAUCAGAAAAGCGUACAGUGGACAUUUUCGGGGUACACGUGUGAUAUUUGGAGAGCCAGCUGCACAGCCGUGACACCCUGCGCGACCAUGAGCCUUUUCUGCCGCCUCCUCCGUGGAGCGUUUGUUUACGAACGGCGUACUGGAACUCGGUCUUUUUGUUGCGGGUCUCCUCUACUGGACCAGGGGCGUCGUGACAGCGCCGGUCCGGCCAGCCCAGUAAAUCUGACAUAUGACGUUUUUGAUGGGAAAGGAACUGACCCUCCACUCGUGUUCCUGCAUGGACUGUUUGGAAGUAAAUCCAAUUUCCACUCCAUAGCGAAGUCCCUGGUUCAACGGACAGGGAGGAAGGUGCUGACCAUAGAUGCUCGAAACCAUGGAAACAGCACACACAGCCCCAUGCUGACCUAUGAGGCAAUGACCAAUGAUCUCCAGCAUCUUCUUGGCCAGCUGCACAUAACAAAGUGUGUUCUGAUUGGACACAGCAUGGGAGGCAAGGUGGCCAUGACAACAGCCCUAACACAAUCAGAUCUGGUGGAGCGGCUGGUGGUGGUGGACAUCAGCCCCGCUCGGACCGUUACUCGGACCAACUUCCACAACUACAUCCAGGCCAUGAAGGGUGUGAAGAUCUCCAGUGACCUCCCACGCUCUACUGCACGUCGACUGGCUGAGGACCAGCUCCGUGAACUUGUCAAGGAACGGUCAGUCAGGCAGUUCCUGCUGACCAACUUGGUGGAGCAGAACGGCCACUAUGCAUGGAGGGUCAACCUGGAGGCCAUUUCCAACCACAUGGAAAACAUCCUGAGCUUCCCAGAGUUCAACACCACAUACCACGGGCCAACUCUCUUCCUUGGUGGGACCAACUCUGCCUAUAUCAGCUCUGAGGAUUAUCCAGAAAUCCAGCGUCUGUUUCCUGCAGCUGAGAUCCAGUAUAUCCCAGACGCCAGCCACUGGAUCCAUGCCGACAAACCCUUGGAUUUCAUCAGCUCGCUCAUCACCUUCCUCCAGUCUUAGCCCUGCUACAUACUGGCAGUCGAGUGGCAAGUCCAAGAGCUCACUUUGUGCAGACUUAGCUUCAACCUUGUUGGCAGUUGGUAGAUGGGGCCGAACAGCUCCCACGUGUUCCUUCUUUAGGCCUAGCCCCGCCCCCCUGCUGGCAGUUGGAAGGCGGAAAUCAACCCGUUGACUGUACGAGUGCUCGUGUAAACGACUACCAUAUUUAUGUUCAUGGAUAUUUAUAUAGAUACAUAUAGACAUAUCCUGCAAAAUUGUAAUUGUAGUUAAAUAGUUCUUUCUGUGUCAUUUUAAUGAUUUUGUAUAGAAACAUAUUUACAUGUUUAUUGGAAGAGUAAUAGGGCAUAUUGCCACUCACCUUGUCUCUACAUUCCACACACUAGAUGGCGCAACAAUACAGACCUAUUACCUAUGCAGUUGGGGUGAGGGUCUUCUGGUCCUCUCAUCUAUUGACUUGAAUGACAUUUUACAUUUCAAGAUUCAUUCUUUGAUUAGUGUGAAAACUCUAACCUCAAGGCCAGAGUUCCUGCAGCUUUUAUGAUGAAAUACAGAUCAAUAAUUAACUGACGUGUUCCUCUUAACUUUAGUAGUAGGUGAUGUAAUCAGAUCGAUUUCUUUUAAACGUUUAUUAGUGUUGUUCUACCUGCACUGUCAUAGUCGUGGUUUUAUCUUUCUAGUGUGCUGUGAGUGGCUGUCAAGACUGCCCUCUCCACUCUGUCCACUUGGGUGUCACGUGCAGAUGUGUAAACGUGGCUUGUUCGCAUUUAACUUCUCUUUUAGGUGACAACACAUCUACACGUGUGAACCGUGUUUUGCUUGUCAAGGUGUACGUGUCCCAGUUCUCCUUCAAUGCACUGCUCUUGGUUUCGUGUCAUUUAUUACUAAGCUCCAUGCAACUUGCUCUAUGUCAUGUAUUCGUGAAAGUAAGCAAUUGCAGCAGAGCUGCUUUUAUAUCGUGCGAGAGGUUGGAAUGUUGUAUGUGUUCGGUUUAUUUGAGGAGAAAUGCACAUUGAGGGUUGAGUCCUUCACUGGGUUGGCUUGGGGUCUCCAGCUACCAGGAGCAAAGCAGAGACUAGAACAAGCGUCAUUAUUAUGUCUUUGUGGAAUAUGGUGACAGUGGACAAUCAGGUAGAGUGAGCAGAAGGUGCAGUGUGGUGAUGUAUCUGUAUGGAGUUUUAUUUAAUUGACCUUAAUGGUUUAGAUUAGGGGUAGGCAGGCCAGUGUGUAUGCAGGCUUUGGGCAUAACUUUUAGGUCCCCUGCUCAAAUCCGGGUGUGAGAACUCUUCAGCCAAUCAGUCCUUUAAUUAAUAGUGUAAUUAGAGAGUUGCAGUGAAAACCCGCAUACGCGGAUUGCCCAUCCCUUGUUUAGAUUGCAGCAAACACUGCAGAUAUACUCCACAUUCUUAGGAAGCAUGCAUUGUCAAGUAAAAAUAAAUACGUUGUUUUGUAUGAAUGAUGAAGUCCUCAGUGUACUGUCAUAAAAGGCAAAAUGGUAUUUAAAUAAAGAUUCAUAUUCUA